AUUGUUAGUCGGUGAACAGCCAGCGAACGAGCGGCUUGGCGCGGCUCUAACGAACUCGUGCGAUAAUUCAAGCGUGCAAAGUUAUACCGAAUUAAGAACAUCUGUGCUCAAUACACAUGGCAACAAAUUUUAGUUUACCCAAUGUUAUUAUAAAAAGUUAUCGACAAUCUUUCGCGAAUUACGAAACGUUGAGUACACUGCGGAUUAAAACCCAGCACCGAAUUUAUUCCGCCGCUGAAGUGCCGAGACUGUAAUUAUACAGUGUUUGUGCGAAGGAACGAAUAGACGAGAGGGACGAAUGGUAAGGUUACAACGACGUAAAUUUCGCCGUUAACGUCUGGCUUAGGAGUAAAUGUGGCAUCAUGUCAAACCAUUCGAUGGACAACUUUUGUGGCUCUGCGUUUUGGGAUCUAAACGUGACGUGGUACACAGACAAUCCAGAUCUCACAGAAUGCUUUCAAAAAACAGUAUUAGUAUGGACGCCUUGUGUAUUUCUCUGGACAUUUUGUUCAAUGGAAACUUACUACAUCUUAAGUAGCAAAAGAAGGAACAUACCGUUUACAUGGAUACUUAUAUCUAAACUAUUACUAACUUCUCUGUUAGUCAUACUUUCGAUAGCUGAUCUUGGCUAUGCAAUCUAUUCUCAGGCCAAUGGUGAAACAGUUUACAGCGUGGAUUAUUGCACCCCGCUUAUCAAGCUCAUCAGUUUUGCUAUGGCGUUAGUGCUACUUUUAUACAAUAGGAAAUAUGGAAUGCGGACAUCUGGAUUACUUUUCCUGUUCUGGUUCUUACUUGCUUUGUGCGGGGCCGUCCAGUACAGAAGUAUAAUACGUGGACAUAAUCAAUCGACCGAGGUAACAUACUCAUAUGUCUCUUACAUGAUCUAUUAUCCAGUGGUUCUGGUCCUGUUCUUGCUACACUUUUUCGUUGAUGGCGAACCAAGGUUUUCUGAAUAUAAACCGGUGGAACGACCAUGUCCCGAAACAAAUUCAUCAUUUCCAUCGAAAAUCCUGUUCACUUGGUUUGAUCCUAUGGCAUGGAAAGGUUUUAAAAAACCUCUUGAAACAGAUGAUCUCUGGGCAAUGAAUCCUGAAGAUACAGCUGCAGAAAUUGUACCAAAGUUUGAUAAAUAUUGGAUGGAAACUUUAAGAAAAACGGAUAAGCUGUUUUGGACAUAUUUUGGUGCACAAGGUACAAAGGCAUCAUUCAGAAAAUCCUCAGGUCAAGUAGACUUCAAUAGUGCGAGACGAAAAAAAAUAGCCUCGAUCUUGCCAGCUCUCUGUAAGGCGUUCGGACCAACAUUUUUAUUUGGCUCACUACUGAAACUGUCUCAGGAUAUUUUAACAUUCGCCAGUCCACAAAUAUUGAAAUUUCUCAUUGCUUUUGUUGAAACCAAGGACUCUAGUGGCAAUUUUGGCGAACCUUUGUGGAAGGGAUACUUUUAUGCUGUCCUACUUUUCUUAACGGCAACUGUUCAAACACUGGUCUUGUCUCAAUACUUCAAUCGAAUGUUCUUAGUUGGGUUACGGAUUCGCACAGCACUGAUUGCAGCUAUUUAUCGUAAAGCUUUGAGAAUGUCAAAUGCUGCGCGUAAAGAGUCAACUGUUGGCGAAAUCGUAAAUCUAAUGUCCGUCGAUGCUCAAAGAUUCAUGGACCUAACUGCGUACAUAAACAUGAUUUGGUCAGCACCAUUGCAGAUUAUGCUCGCUUUGUAUUUCUUAUGGGAUACCCUUGGAGCAUCCGUGCUGGCUGGUCUUGCUGUUAUGAUUAUCUUAAUCCCAGUCAAUGCACUGAUUGCUAAUAAAGUAAAAACGCUACAAAUCAGGCAAAUGAAGUGCAAAGAUGAAAGAGUUAAAUUAAUGAACGAGGUAUUGAAUGGCAUUAAAGUUCUAAAGCUAUAUGCCUGGGAACCAUCUUUUGAACAGCAAAUAUUGAAGAUUAGGAACAAAGAGAUACAGGUUUUGAAGGAAGCUGCUUACCUCAAUGCCGGUACAAGCUUCAUCUGGUCCUGUGCCCCUUUUUUGGUCUCUCUGGUAUCGUUCGCCACAUUUGUACUUUCCAAUGAAGAAAACGUUUUGGACAGUACGAAGGCCUUUGUUUCUCUCAGUUUAUUCAAUAUCCUGAGAUUUCCGCUCUCCAUGUUACCCAUGAUGAUCAGCAAUAUGGUCCAAACAUCAGUAUCUGUGAAGCGUAUUAACAAAUUCAUGAAUUCAGAAGAAUUGGAUCCCAACAAUGUGCAACAUGACCCAUCUGAACUGCAUCCCUUGGUUAUUGAAAAUGGAACUUUCACAUGGUGUGUUGAUGAAUCUGAUAAGCCAACGCUGCGAAAUAUUAAUUUGCAUGUUCAGCAAGGACACCUUGUAGCUUUUGUCGGCUCGGUAGGUUCAGGAAAAAGCUCUCUGGUAUCAGCACUGCUUGGUGAAAUGGAUCGGUUGGGUGGCAGAGUGAAUACGAAGGGUUCGAUCGCCUACGUGUCACAGCAAGCCUGGAUUCAAAAUGCAACAUUGCAAGACAACAUUCUAUUUGGCAAAUCUCUCGAUAAAAGUCUUUACAACCGUGUCAUUGAAGCAUGCGCUCUAAAACCAGACCUUGAAAUGUUGCCGGCGGGAGAUAAGACCGAAAUUGGUGAAAAAGGUAUCAACUUGUCUGGUGGGCAAAAACAAAGAGUAUCUUUGGCUAGAGCUGUUUACAGUAACGCAGACAUAUAUUUCAUGGAUGAUCCUUUAAGUGCGGUGGAUUCUCACGUUGGCAAACAUAUUUUUGAUAAUGUCAUUGGCCCUAGUGGAAUGCUAAAGAAAAAGACAAGAGUCUUAGUUACACACGGAAUUACUUAUUUGCCAGAAGUGGAUGACAUUAUUGUUAUUAAAAAUGGCGAAGUAACUGAACGUGGCACGUACAAGCAAUUGUUGGAAAAGAAGGGUGCCUUUGCUGAGUUUCUGGUACAACAUCUGCAAGAAGUCGGAAAUUUGGAGGCUGAUGCAGUAUCAGAAGCAGACCUUGAUGAACUAAAACAACAGCUUGAAUCAACGAUUGGCACGGAUGAUUUGCAGCAAAAGUUAUCAAGAGCUAGAUCCAGGGUAUCUGAAAGUCACAGUGAUUCUGGAUCUGUGAAUGAAAAACGAUCACUUAACGGUUCACUUAAAAGACAAUAUUCAAUAGAUAGUCACAACUCUGUUAGUUUGCUUCAUAGAAAUAGUGUCAAGGAAAAAGAUGCAUUACCAGUUAAGGUUGGAGAAAAACUUAUCGAGGUUGAAAAAACUGAAACCGGAAGCGUCAAAUGGAAAGUGUAUUCUCACUAUCUUCGCUCUAUAGGCUGGUUUUUAACCGUUUCCACGAUUGUAAUGAAUGCUGUGUUCCAAAUAUUCAGUAUUGGCUCCAAUGCAUGGCUCAGUAAAUGGUCAGAUGAUAACACGACAGUUUCAGACACUGCAAAGAGAGACAUGUACCUCGGAGUGUAUGGAGGACUUGGUCUUGGGCAAGCGUCAUUUGUACUACUCUCACAACUUACGAUGGCUGUUGGCUGCAUUCGGAGUAGCAAGCUACUUCACGUGGAAUUGCUAUUUGGUGUACUACGAUCUCCCGUUGGAUUCUUUGAUAUUACACCAUCUGGCAGGAUAAUAAAUCGUUUUGGGAAAGACAUUGAUACUGUAGACAAUGUUUUACCGCCAACCAUUAGAGGCUGGUUACUAUGUCUUACAUCGCUGGGUUGUUGGUUGGCUGCUCGUCGGAUGCACCUAGUGAUGCUGCGCGGAGUGAUGCGUGCUCCAUUGACCUUCUUUGACACGACCCCAACUGGUCGCAUUAUCUCCAGGUUUGCUAAAGACGUGGAUGUACUGGAUACUUCACUCCCCCAACAAAUUUCAGAUAGCAUCUAUUGCCUAUUUGAGGCAGUUGGCACUGUUGUAGCAAUUUGUUACAGCACACCACUUUUUGCAGUUGUAAUCCUACCAAUAGGGGUUGUUUAUUACUUUGUUCAGCGUUUCUAUGUUGCAACUUCGCGACAGUUGAAACGGUUGGAAUCUGUUUCUAGAUCCCCUAUUUACUCCCAUUUUGGUGAAUCUGUUACAGGUGCUCCAACAAUCAGAGCCUAUGGUUUGCAAGACAGAUUCAUUGCUGAAUCUGAAAGCAGAGUAGACUUUAAUCAAGUCUGCUAUUAUCCCAGUGUUAUUGCAAAUCGGUGGUUAGCGAUACGAUUGGAAAUGGUGGGAAACCUGAUCAUAUUUUUUGCUGCUCUAUUUUCCGUUCUUCCAAAAGAAGAUUUGACUGCAGGUGGUGUAGGAUUCUCAUUGAGCUACGCUCUUCAAAUUACACAAACCUUGAACUGGCUGGUAAGAAUGACAUCCGACGUAGAAACAAACAUUGUUGCCGUCGAAAGAAUAAAGGAGUAUGGCGAAACACCUCAAGAAGCGCCGUGGGAGAUUCCUAAUUGUAGUCCACCAGCAGAUUGGCCCAGCGAAGGGCGCGUUGAAUUUAGAGACUACAAAGUUAGAUAUAGGGAAGGAUUAGACCUUGUGCUCAAAGGUUUGACUUUUACUGUCAACGGCGGCGAGAAGGUUGGCAUUGUCGGCAGAACCGGAGCAGGAAAAUCAUCGCUAACAUUGUCGCUGUUCAGAAUAAUCGAGGCUGCUGGUGGAAAGAUUUUUAUUGAUGGUCUAGAUAUAUCACAGAUGGGUCUUCAUGCCUUGAGAUCGAGACUAACGAUUAUACCCCAGGACCCAGUAUUGUUUUCUGGUACCUUGAGGCUGAACUUAGAUCCAUUUGAACAGCACACAGAUGAUCAAGUUUGGAAAGCGUUAGAACAUGCCCACUUGAAAGAAUUCGUUAAAGGUCUGCCGUCCGGUUUGUUGCACGAAGUGACAGAAGGUGGAGAUAAUUUGAGUGUUGGUCAACGGCAAUUAAUAUGCCUGGCUCGAGCUUUGUUGAGAAAGACACGAGUGCUUAUAUUAGAUGAAGCAACUGCUGCUGUUGAUCUGGAAACCGAUGAUCUUAUCCAGCGGACCAUUAGAGAAGAGUUUAAAAAUUGCACUGUACUUACAAUUGCACACAGGCUGAAUACAAUACUCGAUUCAGAUAGAGUUAUCGUAUUAGAUAAAGGUUACAUCACAGAGUUUGACGACCCGGAAACGCUAAUCCAACAAAAAACUAGUGCAUUCUAUAGUAUGGCCAAGGAUGCUGGUUUAGCAGCGUAAAAUUAUAUUUCGUUUAGGUUUUUCGUUGAUUACUUACAACUUUGUACAGUUCAUUGACGUUAAAGAGUUAUCAUAUCCUCUGGAGAAAUAGUUUCGGAAGGCAGAACAAAUAUUUCGUACCAACGUGACAGUAAAAGUUGAUCUUUUUCUAAAAUAUACAUUAAUAUUUGUAAUCGCGAAUUCUGACAUUUUCAUUGGAUAAUUCUGAUAUGAGUUACUUUUUUUGCAUGUCUGUAAAUCACUUUGAACAUGCUAUACUGUUGUUUAAUAUACUGCCAGCCGGAGUGAGCUUAUCUCACCCUGUAAUGUAGUAGGAUCAUCUCUGACGGCAUAUAUAUUUCUUUCAGCCAGUACAUUUCUCCAUAAUCCUGUUAUUAUUUUUUAUUGUUCAAUCAUAUUUCACAAACAACUAUAUUUUUUAAUUAUUUUAAUUUUUUCCUCGAUAUUGUAGCCACCUUAAGUUAUUCUCACUCGAGUUCAAACUAUCGCAACAAUCAGUUUCAAAGUACUCAAGUAACGUACUUAAGUUCCGCGUAUCUACUUAAUUUUACAGUUUACUUCACCAUUCUGGAAUUUGCCUUGUAAUCUUGUAUUACUUUUCUAUUCUUCUCAGUCACCUACGUAACCAGUAUUGGGCAGUUUUAGAAUGUCCAAUGCAAGUUACGCUAGUACUUAGAACGCACCACAAAAUAUGAAAAAUAUUACAAAAAGCAAUUAUAAUGUAUAAUAUUAAUUAAUUAAUGUAAGGUAUUUGGUCGAUGUCAAUUUCAGCAAUCACGUCAAAAAUAGCACACUUGUUGCGAUACAGCAUAUAAGUGUUUUUACUUGAGAAUUUAGUUGAUUUUUUUUUCAACAUGGAUGUUAUAUUAACAACACGAUCCUAUGUUGUAAUACCAGUAAGAUUUGUAAUAUAAGCGUGUGCAAUGCAUAUGGUCUGUACCGUGUCUUGUAUUACAAAUCUUGUAAGUAUCUUAAUUCCAAAGUUCCAUUGCUUUUGUAGAAAUACAGAAUAUACUUAAUUUUUCAGAGGCCAUUGAAAAUAUUCUUUAUACGAGUAUAUUUUUAAUGCUUCAGUAUCUUGCCGCCGUUUCAUGCGACUUAUAAAUAGAAUGGAAUUUUUUUCUCACUUUGAGUUCUUAUGCGUGUAAUUAUAAAAAAAUUACAUCUAAAAAAAACUUAAUAUAAUAUAUUACUAUACUACGCAGUUCUAUUUUAUUAGAUUAUUAAAUGAGUACAAGAGAAAUGCGAUUCUUGGCGAUGGAAUUUUCGUAAGAGUGGAUUAUUUUCGCAUUGUAUGUUACAAAGUGCAGAGAGAAAAGUGCCUACUUGUAUGUACUGUGAAAUAUAUGUAUAUCAUCUGUUUAAUAUGUAGACACAAACCAUCGAGCGUAAUACAGUUAUCUAUCAACAUUUUUAGACCCAACAAAAGAUUCUUAGGUAAUAAAAAAAUACUUACGGAUACUAGUAAUGUUUUACAAAAUAUAUUAUUGAAAAUUUCUCUA